CGCGAAUCCACACUUUUUUUUUACACGCGGUUCUAGACGAUAAGCGCGCGUACGGGACGAGAGAUCGAACUACGACGGCGAGCACGCGCUUAUCUUCGCGUGACACAGUGUUUUUCGUCAUAUCCAUCCGUUUAUCUUUGCUUCUCGCGCUCGCGCGAGGUUUCUCGUAUUCUCUGCGCCCACACAGCACGGAUUUCCAAGUGACGUCUUCGGGAUAUCUUCAGAACGUCCUCGGAACACAGGACAUCCUAAGCAUAUCCCCGAGACGUUCCUAGUAGCACAGUGCAUGAACCAAACUUUGGUUAAACGCUGGCCCAAUGUUCGGUUGUAUUGGGCCAAUGUUUAGCCAAGGUGUGAUCCAUGCGCUGUGCUACUAGGAGUCUCUUGCCCAGUCAGAGAUGAUUCGUCGAAUCGACGUCGAUCGUUUCGACAUCGGUCGACGUGUCAUUUCUCGCUGGGUUUUGCGGGAGAUUUUGUGCUGCGUGGACACCCUGUAAUCGGAGACUGGCCAUAAGAGUUCGUCAAAUUCCCGCGAGGUCUCUACGUGGUACCAUCGCGACUUCAACGGUACCGUGGGAUUUUCGCGAGGAAACCGGAGGCAUGGAAGAUUUACGUACCUGGCGACGAUGCGCCGUUUAUCCGCAGCCACCGGAAGAGAUACUGCGACCGGUGCCUGUGCUACCCGAGAAGUUUUUAACUGGUCCCGGUCCCAGCAACUGCUCGGAUCGCGUUCUGCGUUCGCUCGGGCAGCAAGUGCUCGGUCACCUUCAUCCGGAGUUAUGCCAGUUAAUGGACGACGUCAAGGCGGGGUUGCGGUACGCCUUUCAAACCGGGAACAGGCUCACUCUGGCCCUAAGUACGUCCGGUCAUGGCGGCAUGGAAGCUUGCUUGGAUAAUUUACUCGAGCCGGGCGAGACCGUGCUGAUCGCUAAAUGCGGCAUUUGGGGGGAACGCGCGGCCGAUAUGGCCGGUCGCAUUGGCGCAAAUAUAAAAUUUCUGGAGACAGCGUGUGGCGUACCGUUCGAUCUCGGCGCCCUGGACGAAGCCCUCGAGAAACACCGGCCGGCGGUAGUGUUCGUGACGCACGCGGAGUCGUCGACGGGCAUGAAGCAGCCUCUGGAGGGCGUCGGCGAGUUGGUUCACAGACACGAGGCCCUGUUGAUCGUCGACGCGGUGGCGUCCUUAGGUGGAGAGCCGUUCUUCAUGGACGCCUGGCAAGUGGACGCGGCCUACACCGGCAGCCAGAAGGUCCUCGGCGCGCCUCCAGGAAUAACGCCCGUCUCCUUCAGUCCGCGCGCGGAACGGAAGAUAUUUCGGAGAGCAACAAAACCCGCUUUCUACUGGGACUUGAGGAUCCUCGGCGAUUACUGGAAUUGUCUCGGUGCGCCCCGGCGCGUGUACCAUCACACAAUAAGCGCAACAUUGGUGUACGGCCUGAGGACGGCUCUGGUGCAACUUGCGGAGGAAGGACUCCUCGCUUCCUGGCGGAGGCACGCGGCAGCGGCGGUCAGAUUUAGGCAGGGCCUUCGAGAUCUCGGGCUGCAGUGCUACGUCGAGGAUCCGCGGUACCAAUUGUCGACCGUUAUCUCGAUAAAACUACCACCUGGCGUCGACGGCUAUACCUUGGUCGCGCGAGCUAUGAAAAAGUACCAAAUUGAGAUCGGCGGCGGUCUAGGGCCUACAGUUGGUAAAAUUUUACGUGUCGGUCUGAUGGGGAUCAAUGCGCGGGCUCGUAUCGUCGAUCGUGUACUUUCCGCCCUACGCAAUGGAUUGCGACAUGCGCUAAAAGCGAAGAUGUAAGAUCAUCAACGUGAGCUUAUCAUUGAUGACUGGUCUAUGUCAAAUGUGAACAAGGGCAAGUGCCAUACCCAGCGAGAAAUGACGUCGAAUCGACGAAUCAUUUCCCAGUGGGUAUAGUUUUGAGGAUUGGCUGUUCUACUUAUUUAAUAGUAACAGCAAUAGCAGUAAUAAUAAUAAUGAUCGGUAUUUAAUUAAUAAAUCGUUUUGGCACAGUA